AUGUCUUUUUUGUUGUGCUGUUGCACGGAAAACUUGACAGCUGAGGGGAGACAGGCAAAAGAACGUGCGAAGGCUUUAAAAAAGGCAGAAAGAGAAAAGAAGCGUCAAUCGAGGGAGGAGCUUAAGGUUUUUAUAUUGGGCGCUGGAGAGGCUGGGAAAUCAACAUUGAUCAAACAGAUGCAAAUUAUAUAUGGGAAAGGCUAUUCGAACGAACAGAAGCGCGCCUUUAUCCCAUUAAUAUAUCGAAAUAUUUUCGUGUCUAUGAAAACAAUGAUCGAUGCCAUGGCUGUGCUGAAUAUUUCUUAUGAGACCCCACCACAUACCGAUUUUGCUGAGCUGAUCAAAAGUGUUGACUACGAAGCUCUUACAACCUUCGAAGAUAUAUAUGUAGACGCAAUUAAGGCGCUCUGGAACGAUGUUGGAGUUCAGGAAUGCUACAGUCGCAGAAGACAAUAUCAACUUACAGACUCCACUGAAUAUUAUAUGACGCAUCUCGAAAGAAUAACUCAGCCUGAUUAUCUACCCACAGAACAAGAUAUUUUGAGAGCCCGUAUGGCUACGGAAGGAACGGAGGGACAUCUUUUCAAAGUAGACUCUUUCAAGAUUAGAAUGUUCGACGUCGGAGGUCAGCGAAGCGAAAGACGUAAAUGGCAAUCUGUUUUAGAUAGUGUUACAUCGCUGAUAUUUAUGGCAUCGCUUUCGGAGUACGAUCAAGUGCUCUAUGAAUUUAAUGACAUGAAUCGCAUGAAGGAAUCCAUAGCUCUGUUUCAUGAACUGAUAAACGACCCUAUUUUUAGCAAUUCAACAGUUAUACUUUUCUUGAACAAGACAGAUUUGUUCGAGAAAAAAAUCAUGGAAUCCGAUUUGGUGGACUAUUUCCCCGAAUAUAACGAUACUAAUAAUAUGAAUUUUGCAUUUGGAGCUGUGAAGGAAACAAUUUUCAAGAGAAAUUUGCAAAUUUUUAAAAAUUAA